UGCUCUAUUACUCUUUGUCUGUUACUCACCUAGUUACUAAUCAAGUGGUCGUCCUUUCGUUGUUUGAGUUAUGGUCUUGCUUAUUUUCUCGUCGGUGCUUUUUUAUUUUGAGAAAGCGGUGCCGUGGAGUUCUUUGUUCGAUUUUUUUCCCAUUUUCCUGCUUUGGUUAUGUUGUUACGAUUCAGGCUAAUGGCUCAGUACCAGAACGACGAGCUUGAAUACAUUGUUGAUGAUUACUAUGGCUUGACUGAUUUCGAGGAUGAUCCUUUUGAAGAAACUCAGCAAAAUAGAAAUGGAGAAGAUUCGGAUUUUGAAGACGACUUUGAUGUGAAUAAGCCAAAGACUGAUACUUCGGCUCUUGAGGCUCGAAGUGGAAAGGAUAUUCAGGGAAUUCCAUGGGAGAGGAUGAACUUUACGAGGGAUAAGUACCGAGAGACGAGAUUGAAGCAGUGCAAAAAUUUCGAGAGCCUCUCCCACCCUCGCAAAGAGAUUGCAAAGAAAACAAAGCUAUGGAUUGAUUUUGCAGUAGACCGACGAUGAAGAUCACGAGUUUAAGACCGUCCGUCUAAUGAACAGUACGUGCUGGCCACCACUUACUGCAUUUAAGCCCUUCCGAUGGUUGCUUGCUUCAUUAGCUCGGUCUGCGGUUGGUCUUUGGUGCACCAUUUUCAGCAGGUUGAAUUAAAAUGCAUCUGAGUUAUGUCUUAACCUGAACUGAGACGAUGCGGCAAGAGGCGAUUCUAUUAGCUCUGUUUUGAUUUUUUGUCUUUAGAUAAUGGCUUUCGAUGUAUUUGAGGAGUCAAGGAUAAUGGGGGAGACCGAUGAAGCAUUUUGUAUGAAGAUUUACCCCCAAUAAAUGAUUAGGAGCCACUAGAAUGUAGCUAAAAAAAGUAGUUGGAUUUCACCGUUGCGAGUUGAUCGAGUGUUAGCCGCAACCGCCGCUGUGUCGAAUCAAAGAAGGUGAUCAGUGAAUUCGGUUUUGAUUUAGCAAAUUAAAAUAGGGUUUUAGAUUCUUGCUCGAUGGAAGAAAGUAGGAAAACGAUGAGGGAUGAAGGAAUCUGAGGAAUAUUGUUAGGAGAAGAGGAGUGCCGCCGCUAUUCAACUAAGGGAACGAUGAACAGUGGCGGUGAAUAAUAAAAAUUAGACGAAAUUUAAGAACAUUUGUGUCUUUUUCCAUAGUACAGAUGCUAGAUUGUUAUAAAAUGAAGGUUCGGUACUAUAUUGUCGCGCAUUUUAAAGAUACCUAUUGGAAAGUUUUCCGAUUUUAUAUUACUUUGUAUGUAUUUAUAU